GAACAAGUAAUUCGAACUCCAAACACGAGCGAUGUGUGUGGUCCGCUUCUCAAUCAAAAAGAAAUCUUGAGUCAUGAAUUUGGAACUGGACCAUUGGGAGCUUCAGGCGUGGUAAUAUCAAAGAGACUGAAGGACAAUGGGUUUACUUACAAUAGGCAUUUUGCUUGUGAGUGCAGUGAUUGUACGGACUGAGGAGAGAACAAAUUCUACUACAUCACCAGCUGAUUCCACUUUGGUCUUUAGAACUUCACUAAGUUCCACAAUAACAAGUGCCACAACAACAAGUUCCACAAUAACAAGUGCCACAACAACAAGUGCCACAACAAGUGCCACAACAAGUGCCACAACAACAAGUGCCAUCACCAGUGUCCCUGCAAUAAGUGUCACUUCAACAGAUAGUCUUAAGAAAGUAUGGAAUGGUGUUGCCUCGUCUUCCCCUCAAAUCAGAAGUGGACCACAAAGUGUUGUUAGUGCAACUGAUGUCAAUCAGAGAUUUCCAGUAGAUGCAUUUUCAUUUUCACCAGAUGGAAGUUUCACUGGCGGUUUUAAUGAAAGUAAAAAUGUUGAUCAGUGUCACCGGACUGUCAAGUGUGAAGCUCUUGAGGAGACUACAUGCUUGGGAGUACAAUUGCCAUAUGCGCACACUUCCUUGGCUCUCACCGGGUUACCAAAUCAGCGCAUUGCCAGGGAACACUUGGAGUUGUGGUCGUCACUUCGUAAUGUCCCUCGAUGCUGGGCAGUAGUACAGCCUUUACUCUGUGCCAUAUUUUUCCCACGCUGUGACAAUAAUUCAUUGGAGUUACCUUCACAGGAGAUGUGCGUCAUUACUCGAGGCCCGUGCAGGUUAGUGGAGUACGAGAGAGGGUGGCCAGACUUUUUGGUAUGUCGUGAAGAUUAUCCUCAUAAAUGUAAGAAUACUGUGAGAGAACUGAAAUUCAACACAACAGGGCAAUGUGCUCCUCCAUUAGUGGCCACUGAGGAGGAAUCUUCGUGGUACGAAGGCGUGAAGGGGUGUGGUGUCCAGUGUGCCAAUCCAAUUUUUACUGAUGAGGAGCAUGAAGACCUUCACCAUUUUGUGGCUGCACUAGGUGGUGUCUGCUUAGCCUUUGCUGCUCUCACGGUGCUGACGUACCUGAUAGACUGGCGUGCAGCAAACAAGUAUCCAGUACUCAUCAUCUUCUACAUCAAUGGUUGUUUCCUCAUUGCCAGCAUUGGUUUCAUUGUUCAGUUUCAUCCCGGAGUCCGCCAUGAUCUCACCUGUCGAUCAGAUGGUACUCUACGUCAGGGGGAACCUAGCUCCGGUGGAAACCUCUCGUGUGUAGUGGUGUUUGUUUGCAUCUAUUACUUCAUGGUUGCUGGUGGCUUAUGGCUUAUCAUCCUGGCAUACUCUCUCCACACCAGUUUCAAAUCAUAUGCAGCAGGGCUGUGUGGCGAUGAGCUGGAACGACGAGCAGCAUAUUUUCACCUGGUGUCAUGGUCCUUACCUCUUGUCCUGACCAUCACCAUUAUGGCCUUGGCAGAAGUUGAAGCCGACUCUGUUGCGGGGAUAUGCUUUCUGUCUUCAGCACUUCACAUACGAAUAAUAUUCCUACUGCUGCCAAUGGUAGCUAUUGUGUUUGCUGCUGGAUUUUUCUUUGUGCAAGGCAUGAUAAAGUUAGUUUAUCUUAAGAUGGAGUGUUACAAUAUAAUUAGUGACAGUGCCAACAGCAAGAUAGUGGAGACAAUCAUCAGGCUGGCCCUCAUCACCAUCACACUAGCAACUUUCACAGGUACUACCAUCUACUGUCACAUCUACCAGUACAGAAACCAACACCUCUGGGAUAAGGCACUUCGGGACUAUAUUAUGUGUGUUUCUAACAUGACGGAUGCAACCCAGUUCAGCAGUGGAUCAUCAGUUUGUACAAUAGCAAAACGUCCCAGUAUCAAUGUAUAUAAACUACACUUAUUGGCUCUCUUUGGUGCUGGCAUCAUAAUGUCUUCAUGGUGCUGGACUCCAAACACACUACAAGCUUGGAAACGCUUUCUACGCAGGGUUGCAGGAGUUCCUUCAGAAGAACCUCUGCGUCUUGCACGCCACAGGGUUAUAGCUCAAGCUUUCGCUAAACGUCAUGACCUUAAUACUGCUGGUAGACUUUCUAUCAGUCUCCACUCUAUGCAUGAUGAUCCACUUGGGUUAAACUUUGACAUGAAUAGUGCAACUUCUGGGGAUCUGUCCUCUGCAUGGGCCACUGCCAUCCCUCACCUCAUGACAAGACGUGGAGCUCUCGUAGGCACUGCUGCUCUGGGACUUCGAAGAAAUUCUGUCGAUUCAGAGUAUAGCAUUAGUAGAAGGUUUUCCAUAGAAUCUGGGUACAACAACCGCAGUUCUCGACGUCACUCUUUGGAUUCACAAAUGUCUUUUCACGUGUCAGAUGCCGAGAGAUUAGCAGCAUUACAUACAGCUGCUAGGUUUGGCCGCCGAAAAAGACGUGAUUGGUUUAAUCUGAAGCGCGGCCGACGUGUUAAUGCUUGGGAUAGACGGGGAUCCAACACAUCUGACGAUAGUAAUCUUGGUUCUAUGAUUCUGCCUGCCAUUACAAUGAACAGUCAAGAUACAUUGUUUACAAAUAUGAUGAAACGCCUCAAUUUGAGUUCUGAUGAACCAACACGAUCAGAAAGAGCUGCCCCAUCAGCCCCACCAGCAAAGGCCAUGAAUAUUAAUGUUACACUUCCUGGCCAAACACUUGAGAGUGAAGAUGAUGUAGGCGCAGAGAAUCCUGGGUACGCUGAUAAUGAUUCCAUUGCCCAUACUGUUCUGAACAAUGUUCUAAAGAGUGCUGAUCUAAAAAAACAAGAGGUUACAUAUGUGAGGACAGCAACAGCACUUGAAAAUGAUAUAUCAUCAUUAAAAAAUCAGGUACGUGCCUGCAGUAGACGAGGGAAUGCCGAUGCUGGCAUGCAUGCCACCAGCAUGAGUGUAGGUGUUCAGGCAUCCUUUGCUGAAACCUUUACUAAAGCCAUCAUGGUGGAUAAAUCCGUUCAAGUUACCACACCUUUACUAAUUAGGGCAAGUCAAGCAUUUCGACCUCAUUCUCCACUUGACAGUGACAGCAGUCCAACCCUCUCAUAUAGACCUCAGGAUAGCAAAAAGAAGAUUAAUGAAACAAGCUUCUCCAAUCGAAAGAAGCUCCAGAAUAAUGAUCGACCAGGUACACCAGUUACUAAAUUACCAAAAAAGCUUAAUGUUAGUGAAGAUAGGAUAAACAAUAAAAAUGUUGGCUCCAGCCAUGGGUCACAUAAACGUAAUACCAGCAGUAAAACAGGAAACAGUGGAGGACGGAGAAAAAGCAGUAGAGGAGAGAGUACUGAAAUCAUGACUGUUUUAGACAUUGGAGAUGAGAGUGAUUGAGGGGUACAAAUUUCAAAUAAUAUAUAAGAAUAGUAUAUUGAUAAUAUUUUUAUACUCAAAGAGAAUUCUCAUAUUUUAAUGAUAUUAACAAUAAUUUUAACACUUGUUUGAAGUUAAAUGUAUAUGAUGAUAAUAAUACUUAAGGUAAUAAUUCCUCUGGCAAUAUAAUUUGGAUAUCUCAGGUAAAAUUAGUUAUUAUGAACUCCAUUUAUUGUUUUAGUUUUUGUUAUCCAGAAUCAAACCUACCUCUCUUCAGAUAAUUUUGGCAUCAAAUUGUUAUACAAUACCAAAUAUUACAUGCAUUUAAUAAUGCAAGUUGUACAUGGUGCAUUUAAAAGUUCCAGUACAAUCUGGUGAGCACUAUACUAAAUUCUGCAUAAUAAAUCAUGUACCAUCAAUGUUAUAAUGUACUGGCAUCAUCACAUUUACACUUCAUUACCCAGAUAUUGUAUGUAAGUGCCCCAUACAUGCAUGUUCACUCCUAACAUGCCAAAGUUAGGAGUGAACACACUGAUACAUCCAUCUCAUUAAUGUAUUGCAUCCAGCAAAGGUAGAUAAAUAUAUGAGUUAAAUUGAUAGUAUGUUAAAAAGAAAUAGUUGCUCUUAAUUUAUCCGUAAAUAUGUUGGAACUGUAAAUUCUCAUAUUACGUUGCGUGUCCUGCAGUGUAGGCAAACUUAUGUGUACAGUAAUAGAUGGCCAAAAUAGAAAAGCUUUAAAUAACUUGAGGCAAUGGGACCAAAUUAUUAACCCUCGAAUAUGUGGGAUUAAACCUGGUGGCAAAAAAUUCAGCCAAUCCUCCUAAAAUGAAAGUAUUUACGGUAACAAUGUGGUCGAACGUACAGAUAAGGAUGUGAUGGACCAAUAGAAAGUAAAACUUUUUAUUAUUGAAUUUGGACAAACCAAAAAAAUGUUCUGUGUUGCCAAUGAAAUCUAACCUAACCACUCUAGGCCUAAUACAUGAUAUGAGGUCUAAUAUUGCACUGUACAUAUAUGUGAUAUACUAGGCCUAGGAAUAUUUAAGUUUGGUUUUUUAGCUUUAUUUUUUCCGGACUUUAAAUUUAAUAGUACAAAAUUCUACUUUCUAUUUGUCCACUACGUCGAUAUUUGACCGACCAACUACAUGCAGUAGUUACUAAAAGUAUUAUCUUAUCAGGAGGAUGGUUUAAAAAAAAAAUUCCUGAAUGGAAACCAAAGCAUUUGAAGCAGAACUAGGGCAUACGGAGUUGUUCCCUUAUUGACAGGGCAAGACACCCGAUAUCACACAUGAUCUUGAUGUAACUGUGGUUCUUAUCAGAUGUGUUAUCAAAGGAACAAAGUUUGUCUAUUCAUUGAGAUUAUCAAUGAUUAAUUGUGAUUAUCAGUGUUUGAGGUGUGUAACCCUAAUUGUGCUUACAUGGGGUUGAGCUUCAGUUCUUAGGCCCCGCCUCUCAGUGGAUGAAUUUUUUUUGUGUGCGUGUGUACGUGUGUGUGUGAGCUCACCUAGUUGUAUAGUACUCACCUCGGUGUUUGAGGGGGUGUAACCCUAAUUGUGCUUACAUAGGGGUUGAGCUUACUUAAGACCAAAAUUAUACUGAAGGUGUUGGGAUUUUGGGAUCAAUGAGUUGUGUAUCAUUGCAAGUUUGUGGUCUGUAUAUUUUGGCUUGAAAUGUGAGAAGCAUUGUGGAGGGCAGCAGCAGAAGUUGAUUUUGAAAAGCUGAGGGUAUGAAAUUGUGAAUGAAAGGUAUUACAUUGUAGGGGGAUUAGGUAGAGGACUUAUCUGAUUUACCUGAUAUCCACUCUAAAGUGGCUGUGGCAAGAAGCUGGUGACAUGUGAAUGGUUCCUUCAGGUCAUUCAAUGUUUUCCAGAUGUACAUAUUUUUAAGUAGGGAUGUCCUUCUUUCAAUGGCUUCAGCAGGCUGGCUAUUUCACAGGUACUAUUUUUGUGUGAAGACCUGUGAUGGUCUUCUGCAAUGUAUUUUGGCAAGCUUGAAAUUAUUUCCCCGUAUGUGUCACGUUAGAUCACUUGAAGAGGUCAUGUGAGCUGUACUUAAUUUUAUAUGCACUUUAUGGCAACUCAGUACACAUGGAAAUACUGUAAACAAAUUUGAAUGUUACAAUCUAGUCGGCAACAUGUAGCAUUUAAGGUUUUAAGAAGCAUGUGUUUUAUCCUGGAUACAUGCAAUCCUAAUUUACCCACUUCAUGUAGGACUAAACAAUUGAAACAAUCACAAUUAAGAACUAAAGUAAGUGCUCGGCCAUUCAUCGUACAAGUCAUCUUAGUUUGUGAUUUCAACAGAAAUUGGAGUUUUAUUGAAGAAACACCAAUUUCAACAAAUAUUGUGUGUUUUUAUUUAUUACCUUUAUGUAUUGUUUAUGACAAGUACCAAAGAACUGGAUAGGUAUGGACACUGACCUUUUGUGUACUUUCCUGUAUGAUUGAAGUGACUUGGGUUAAUCCCAUUCAUAGCUGUGUGACACUCUUAUGUUAGCUCAUAUAAAGUUUAUAAGACCAAGACUGAAAAUAAUAUUAACAAUUUGAGCAGUUUUACAUUAUCAUAAGUAUGGUGUUUAUUGUAUAAUUUCUGAUAGUUCUUAUUUAUCAUAUAUAUAUAUAUAGUACAAUACUCACAAUUUACAUAAAUUUAGUAAUGUGAAUUUAGACCCAACCAAGUUUUGCUUUUAACACCAGACGUUACAAAAUAUUGAGUAUUUACACAUUCUCAAUUUGGGCAAUGUGUUAUUUUGAGGCAUGAUAAGUCUUGUUGCUCCAAUAUAUUUUGUCUACAUCACCCCAGCUAGGACACACCUGAACCCUGCGACUCCUUAUGAUUACAGUAUCAUUUUUUUCUCGCUUUUGGAUUAUAUUUUUAUAUAUUAGUGCUUCCCAAAUGUUCUUCAGGUUUCUGUCAAAAUUCUUUCCAAACUACUUGGUAUCAUAGAAGUUGCCAAGUAGCAUUCUCACUAAUUGCCAGUUGACCCACUGGCCUUUAUCUAGAUAAAUUACAUUUGGGUCAGGGGGUUGAUAAGAGUAAGAAGUGUCAGUGACAUAGCUGACUAUACAUGUUGUACUGUAUUUAAAAGCAUCAAAAUGUUAAUUUCUAGGCAUUUCAUCAAUAAUACUUUAAGAUAAGACAAGCAAACUGUAGUAUUAUUAAUAUAUCACUAUUAACAUAAUAGUUUGCAAGAUAGCUUAAAAAUGACGAAAAACCUGGAGGCUAGUUCACUUGGUUUUUCCUUGAAGUCAAUGGUAAUAUUGUGGCUAUAUGAUCCAAUGGAAAAUAUAUUUUCACUGUAAACUCCAUUUAGUUCAAGUCUUAUAAGGUUGUAGAAAGUUCUGUUAAAUAAUAGUUAUUAGUCAAAAUUUGGUCCAUAUAAUUAUAAAUUAUGACUUUUAUCUUUAUUAUUAUAAAUGGAGUGUUAUGAUGUGCAUUGGUCACAUCUUACAUUUACCUGAGGGUCAAUAACCCUAGUGGUCUCGACAAGGACCGGUGGCUUGUUGAAGGUCCCCCCCAUUUGCCUUGAUCUUUUCCAGGUAUAUUUUGAAAUUCAGCACAGUUUUGGCAGGUAGGCAGUUCCAUGGGUUAAUAACACUGUGGAUGAAAAAGCAUCUCCUGUUCUC